UUCGAAUACAUUGUCACAUCUACUGUGACAUUGGUUUGUUAUUAUAUUUAUCAGUUUGUACCACUGGUUACGAUUCUCAUGUUUUGUGUUUUAUGUUGGUGGAAAUGUCAAAUGUCAAGUCAUAAUAAGAUAACUUUCGUUGUUGUUGUGUACUUGUGUGUGAUUGUUUACGUCGUUUUGUGUUGAAUUCUUUGGAAAAAGAAAGAAAUCUUACUCGUAAAUCAUUAUGGAAAACUCUGAAGAAGUGCUGCACAGCCUUGAGGAGUUUUCAAAAACCAAACCCAAGGCCAUUCCACGUGAACUAGAGGAAUACUUGUGCUUUGUUGCAAAAACAGGCAACCCAGUUUAUCAGUGGCCAACAGUUAAAAUUCUUUUUCGUGAGAAAUUAUUGAGCGUUAUAGGAGACUUUCAUAAAUCUUGUCCAGCCGUCAGUAUUCCACCAUGCCCAAAUGCACAAUUGUUCAAUUACGAUAUGAUGAAAAACUUCAUUCUUGAGAAACUCGAUACGUUUGCUUCAGCCCCGUUUACUGUUCAAAGGAUAUGCGAACUUUUGACUACUCCCAGGAAAGAAUACAAUAGAAUCGAUAAAUACAUGAGGGCGUUAGAAAAAAACAUUCUUGUAGUGAGUACUACUGAACCAGGCCGAAGAUCUACUGAAAACGGGGAGAGUAUAAUGAAUGGUGUAGAAGCGGAACAUAUUCCAGAAAGCGGCAAUUCUAGUCAUGACAUAAAUAUUGAGGACAUGGAUGAAUCUCCAAGUUGGCCGAGAGUAGCGACUACAGAUGCCCCAGUCCUCUUUGAAAACAACGAGAGUGAAAUUGUUUCGAAUGAAGCUGAACAGGCUACAGAAGAACCAACAAGUUUCGAGCCUGAGAAUGAAGCGAAACCUGAUGUUCCAACAAGUAGCACUUUGGAAGAGCCCGAAGUCCAGCACCAGGAAACUGUAAUAACAUGUACCAGUAGUGAAGAAACAGCCCCACCUUUUGUUUCAAUAGAAGCUGUUCCUAUAGAAUCUUGUGUGACCUCACAUCAGGAUGUUUCAGAUGAAGCUUCGUCUGAUGUAUCUGUAACUAUAACUGCCAUACCUCCAAAUGUUCAACAAAGACGUAACAGUGUUGAGAAAAUGGACAAUAUCGAAAAUGCACCUACAGCAUCUGAAGAAGAUGUAAAGAGUUCAUUUGUGAUUGGAGAAACUAAACUGGUUGAAACCACUCAACUUCAAGUAAUUCAAGAAGAAAUAGUUGUUUCUGAGUCAACUACUGAGUCUACAGAAGUUCCAAAAGAUGAUGAGCAGCUAACCAGUGAGGCUGACGUAGCGGUGCCAGAAUGUGAGGAGAGUACAUCCUCUGGGAUUGAGCCUUCAUCGGCAGAAGUUGUCGAGGCCAAAGUUAGUUCUGCUUUAGAGAAACCUCGGAUAGAUGAGCUAACUGAGGAGGUUGAAAAACUAGGCAAAGAAGUAGAAAACGAUGAAAAUGAAGCUAAACAAGCUGAGGUCAUAGACACAUGUAUUACAACAGAUGCUCAAGUUAAGGAAGUACUUACCAGUCCUGUCGUGGAACCUGCAAGUUCUUCCAUGUCUGCAGAUGAAACACAAGUUGAAAAUAUCGCUGACAGUUCAACAGAUUGUAAGGACGAGGUUUUCGGGAAAUGCGAAGAAGCUGUAGAAAACUUAGGAGAAAUGAAAGUCGAAGAAGUAGAGGAGAAAUCAACAAUUACUGAAGUGCCUGAAAGCAAUGAAAUUCCUGAAGAAACUCCCAUGGAGCUGGAUGUGAGUGAGGACUUUACUAAAAAACCAGAAGAAAGUGAAGAACCAUCAUCUUCAGAGGAUGUUUCCUUGUAGUAAAAGUUUUUAGUUUAUAUUGACUUUAAUAAGAAUUCGUUUUAUUUUUUAUUUUAGGGUUUCUAUAUUAGUUAAGUUAUAACUUUCGCAUAAUCUCCAUUUCAAAACUAGUAUAAUUGUUUUGUAUUCAUAUUCGAAUAGAGGAGGAUUAAAACAAUUUUUUAUUAUAAGGAUACUCUGGAUAAAUGGCCUCGUUACUGACUGAAACGCAAAUAAAAAAUUACAAUGA